CCAUGCCCUCUGUUUCUGGUGCUGCAUCCUUGGAAGAAGUUCCCUCUCCUUGCACAUCUCCAGCUAACCCAACAAAUGCAGAAGUCACUUGUGCUAAAGCAUCUUCAAGUGUGCGUCAGGCUACAGCAGCUGUGACCAGUGGUGACAGGUUAUCUGCUGAUGGUGAAGAUAAGGAUGAAUCAUUCACCGAGACUCAGCUGGAGAACACAGACGAGACUCCCGGUGAGACGAAGUGGAUCCGUCCUGAUUUGCCCAGCAGAUGUACUUGGAAGCUGGGCGCACCCAUGUCAGAGUCGCCUCAUAGCCACUCAGCACGCACCGAGCCCUCCGGCAUCCUCUCCAGCAUCCUUGAGAAAAUUGGACACACACCUCUGGUUCGCUUGAACAAAGUCCCCAAAGAGUUUGGGCUCAAGUGUGAUAUCUUGGCCAAGUGUGAGUUCUUCAAUGCAGGAGGCAGUGUGAAAGACAGGAUCGCCCUGCGCAUGGUGGAGGACGCCGAGAGAGCCGGGGUCCUAAAACCAGGAGACACCAUCAUCGAGCCCUCCUCUGGAAACACGGGUAUUGGCCUCGCCCUCAUAGCUGCGGUAAAAGGCUACCACUGCAUCAUUGUGAUGCCUGAGAAGAUGAGCAUGGAGAAGGUGCAUGUGCUGCGAGCUCUCGGGGCAGAAAUUGUCCGCACACCCACAGCUGCAGCUUUCGAUUCACCAGAGUCUCAUAUACGUACGGCCUGGCGUCUGAAGAACGAGAUCCCCAACUCGCACAUCCUCGACCAGUAUCGCAAUGCAAGCAACCCCCUGGCUCACUACGACACCACGGCUGAGGAGAUACUGGAGCAGUGUGAUGGUAAAUUGGACAUGUUGGUGGCUGGAGCCGGCACGGGCGGCACACUCACCGGUGUUGCUCGAAAGUUAAAGGAAAGAUGUCCAAAUGUCAAGAUAGUCGGUGUGGAUCCUGAAGGCUCUGUUCUGGUUGGCUCAGAGGAGAAAAGUGAAAAGUUUCCAUUUGAAGUGGAAGGUAUUGGAUAUGACUUCAUCCCCACAGUACUGGACGGAUCUAUUGUGGAUGUUUGGUACAAAUCAACCGACACAGAAACGUUCCUUAUGUCCCGCAAACUGAUCAGAGAGGAGGGUCUUUUGUGCGGUGGCAGCUCUGGCUCAGCGAUGGCAGCAGCUGUGAAGAUGGCUCAGCAGCUGGAGGAGGGGCAGCGCUGUGUGGUCAUCCUGCCUGACUCUGUCCGCAACUACAUGUCAAAGUUCCUGAGGGAUCAGUGGAUGUGUGAGAAAGGCUUCCUCUGCUUGGACGCUCAAAUGGACCCAAAACCCUGGUGGUGGAACCGGACUGUUCAGAGUCUACACCUGUCUGCCCCCCUCACCGUCACACAUUCUGUGUCCUGCCAGAAAACCAUUGAGAUCCUAAAGGAGAACUCACUGGAUCAGGCACCAGUCGUCACUGAGUCAGGGGCCAUCCUGGGAAUGGUGACUCUGGAAACCAUUCUGUCCUCUCUGUUGGCGGGGAAGGUUGAACUUUCAGCAGCUGUUAGCGCGGUGCUCCUCAAAGACUACAAACAGGUGCACCUGACAGACGACCUGGGGAAGCUUUCCCAUAUCCUCAAAACUAAUAACUUUGCUCUGGUGGUUCACAAUCAUACACAAUACGGGGUCGAUGGGUCGGCCCUCCAGAGGAAGAUUUUAUUUGCCGUCGUGACAGCGAUUGACCUUCUCUCCUACAUCACCACACACGAGGGGCAGGACCGCAACCAUCAAAGUCAGGCGUCGUAACCCAGUGACUGUGUCCUGUUUAAGGCACACAAAACAUGUUAAUGUAAAGGAGGAGCCCGCUACAGAUUGGGUGAGAUGGAUGCAGAUGAUCUGCUGUGGCGACCCCUGCAAGGAGCCGGAGAAAGGAGAAGAAGAAGAAGCAGACACACAAAAGUUUUCCCCAGCAUGAGUCCUUACUGAGCUAAUAAGACAAUGCCUUUUCAUAAUAAGGGCGUUUCACCGUCACAACAAGUGACUCGUUGACAUCUGGCUCUACUCAGAUCAGCUGGUUGGUGUGUUUGCGAAAACUGCAAGGUGCCCCCUGGUGGACAAAAUAUGCAACAACAACACUGAUAACAUGGCUGAAGGGUGUUUCAGUAAACAUUCAAAUCUAUCAUCACUUAUGCCUACGCUGUGCUAUGACUGUUUGGCACGUUAACUUUGGAUAUUCCUUUAAAUAACGCCAUGUUUUUGUUGCAUUUAUGAAAUUAUAGACUAAAAAUAAGAAAAAUGCAAUUUCCUUUUUAUGGCACAAUUGUCAAAUUGGGGAAAAACCAAUUAUCUUGCACAGGCCUAAUUUGAAACAGAGUAGAUAUUAAUCUGUGUAGGUCAGUUUGAAUGCUACCUGUGUUUGUGCAAAUGAGUCCUAUUAAAAUUACUGAUAAGAAAUAAAACACACAAAACCCCAAUAGUUUUAAAAAUAAUGAAAGUUUUUUAAAAAAUAGGCCACUUUCAGUUUAAUUUGACCGAAGCCCAGCUGCAGGUCAUGCACAUGGGACAGCAGCAGGGUUGGUGGUGCACACUUAAAUUCAUGCACAAUUAAAUUCUUUAUAUUCAACUUUUCAUAACAGAUAAAAUUAAACAGCAGGAGUCAUGACUAGCCAUUUAUGUGUGUGCAUUCAUGCUAGUCAUGGGUUCGGAUAAACUAAUAAGGUGAUAGGCAUAAGCUAUGGCACAUUUAAGCUGACAAAAAAAACAAACUUUAUUUUUAAAACUUGCAGAGGUUACACCCUUUAACAGUUGGAAAAUUUAGACUUCCUUACAAUGAUAAAUCAAAUUAUAACUCAUAGAUUAUUCCUGUUCAUCUAGAUUUUAAUCAGAGCCACAGCAGAAGCUCCAUGCAGCCCUGCAGCUGCCGGUUACAGAGCCCUACCCUAGACUGCAUAAGCGCUGAUCUCACCCGUGCAAGGUUAUAUAUUAUACUGUAUAACCUGCAAACAAGAUAUGGCUCCAUAGUUUUGUUUCCCCAAAUAUGACAAAGCAUAUCAGCUCUUGCAGUUGAGUUCAGAGAUUGUGCUGCUAUGAAAAAAAUGCCUGUCUACUCUCUGUUUAGUGUGCAGGGAAUCAGAUGGAGGAUGCUGAGAUAUGCAGGAAAGACGUAAUCGAUGUGCUUGUCAACACAUGCUCGACAGUGACACACACACGGAGAACACACACUGAGGUGUGAAUGACAUGUCUCUGUCUAAGUGGCCCAAAUUGAAUCUCAUCGUUUCCGAGCCGGUGCACAGCUACCGGCAGUGACGGAGGACUCUCGUCACUGGCCUGUUGCCUUCAGUUAUGUCACUGAGUGAGACUCGGGCCUCAAAUCCCUCAGUGCCAGUGCCAAUGUCACUAACAGCCCUGCUGGUACAGCACAUCACACCUCCCAACCACCAUUAUCUAACCCAGUAGAGUGAAGUCACCGGGUCACACACCUGCAGUCACGACCCCUCGCCAAGAAAGUUACACUUGCGUCAGUGCAGCAAAUGGUUCAACCUCUAAGCUAUUAUCAUUGCAAAUCCUUUCUGGGAAAUCAAUAAAGUUGAAAAUAGCACAGUUAAAUGUUUAAUGAUGAAGAAUACACCGUGUCCAGAGAGCUACUGCAGCACCCUGGCUCAGUCUGCAUACUGAGCAUAAACUGCGUCUUUGUAGUCCCCACAGGUUUGCAUGUGCAUAUUACAAAUAAAUCUUGAAGGACUUUGAGGAAAAUUCAGUGAAAAGGGUUUCAUGUGAGAUUUACAAAGAACUAUAAAAUUCAGCAUUUUAAUCCAGA